AUGGAGUCCCUCUCUGUGCCCAAGCUGGCUGCUCGAUCGCGCCGAUACCGUUCCUCGACCUCAGCUUCGAACCCUCCUGUCGUGACCAAGGCAGCAGAAGUACUGCAGUCGCUCCUUGACAAGCUUGCUGCUGCCCUUCGAGCUCCCCAGGGCAGCGACUAUCCCGAGUUUCCCCCACUCAUCGAGCUCGGCCGACAGGUACACCAGCAUGUCGCUGCCACCAAUCCUCCGUGCCCAGCCCAAGACGACUUCCGCCAUCUAGAUGGCUUCCGGCAUCUGCUCAACGUCCUCCGAACCUACUCUGGCUUCUACAAUCCACAGCGGCGGAGUUUGGAAGAGAAGAAAGGCUUCUUCGAGCUCCUGCACAUCGUCCUGGCAAUAUUCACGGCUGCUUUCAGGGAACACCAUGGCAAUCCCAGCGUUGGCCUGGGAGGCACCGACUCGGACGUGUGGACAAAUUGCCAACUGUUCGGAAAGCUGCUGUCGUUCUCUCUUGACGACCAGAGGCUGGAUGAGCUCUGCCAAGCGGUCGCCGUGACUUCUGCCCCCGAAGGAACCAGCGAAGCCAGUGAUGACGUUGCGUACCAGACGACCGAUGGGGGCCGAAUUACUCAAUUUGAAGUUACUACAAUAGAGAGAGAGCUGGAGAAGAUCAUAACGUCCACGACGGUGCUUCGAAAUCCCGAGAUCCUGCGUGCAGUCAUCGACUUUUGGGAGUCCAUGCCCAGGAAUCCGGAAUCUGCCGAGUCUUUUGCUUCGGCCAUCGUUCUGGCUACCAUGAAGCUGGCCAGCUCUGCUUCAUUUUCCAACCUGAAUGCACUACAUGGAACUGGGGCACUCUCUAGAUUCCUCGCCCUGUACCUCGGGGGAGAAUCGAGGCUAUCAGAAUAUGAACGAGGGGUGGUUCUCAGUCUCUGCAAGUCUUUGAUGCAUCUCGGCGUCGGCAGGCUGGCCGAUGUACAGCUGCUCUUGUCGAAACAAGAUGCCACUGCUUCCCAGUUCUGUCUGGAUAUGGCAUCGAGAUUCAACGGGCCCCCAUUUGUACAAUUCGACCUCUCUCUUCAUGGGCAUUCGUCCAUUGAGCUGCCCUCGCUUGGACGCUCGUUCCCCCCACAGUCAUCGGGUGGCUAUACUUUCACUGCCUGGAUUCGAGUGGACCGCUUCGACCCAGGCUCACACACGACCAUCUUUGGCGUUUUCGAUGCCACUCAGACAUGCUUUCUUCUGGCAUAUUUGGAAAAAGAUACCCACAAUUUCAUUCUGCAGACGUCUGUGACCUCCCAACGGCCCAGCGUCCGGUUCAAGUCGGUCAAAUUCAAGGAAAGUCGAUGGUACCACAUUGCAAUUGUUCAUCGACGGCCAAGGACGAUGACAGCGAGCAAGGCUUCGUUGUACGUCAAUGGCGAAUUUGCCGAGCAGAUCAAGUCGCAAUAUCCAGUACCUCCUCCCAUGAGCAAUGCAAGCACGGAGAGUUUCGCAUCUUUCAACUCCGUCAGCAACAAGCCACAUCCUGUGCAGGCCUUUUUAGGGACCCCUCGUGAUCUGUCUACGAAGCUCGGUCCUGGGCUUGUCUUUUCCAAAUGGUCUUUGGCAUCGGCUCAUCUCUUCGAAGAAGUUCUGAGUGAUGACCUGCUUGCAGUUCACUAUCGCCUGGGCCCAAGGUAUCAAGGAAAUUUCCAAGACUGCCUUGGAGGUUUUCAGACGUACGAAGCAUCAGCAGCCUUGGGUCUCCGUAACGAAAUGUUGCACCCAGGCAAGGAAGAAGGCUCAUCAGAUAUUCUCAAGGCAAUCCGAGACAAGGCCAGUAGCCUCGUGCCAGAACAGAAGAUCCUCAUGAGCACGUUGCCCACUGCCAUUUUCCAUCCCGAGGGCCAGUUCCUCGACUCCUUCCUCUUUCGGUCUUUGUCUAGGAAUGCAGCUAGUAACCUGUUCCAGCUGGCGACCAAGAGCGGAACUGCUAUCUCCAUAAACGCCGCUCUACCAUGCGUCAACGACGCUCUUGUGAGGGCUCAUGGUGUCGCUGUGCUGACCGGAGAUCCCGUCGUCACAACACCUUACAAUUUCGACGAUAAUCUCUGGCGGAUCGGCGGAUUCACGCCCGUUGCCCUAAAGCUGGUCGAGCGAGCCAAGACAGCUGAAGAAUUCCUAAGAUCCGUCGAGCUGAUGUUCUUGUCCAUCAAGAAAAGCUGGAGAAACAGUGAAGCAAUGGAGCGAGACAAUGGUUAUGCUAUCCUUGGCAUGCUACUAAGAGCCAAGCUGGGAUAUGCGACCUCUGGAAGCGAUAUACCUGGCUGGCGUCUUCUCCUCACCCCCGAGGACCGAGACAAGCUGAGUUUUCAGCUCCUCAGCUUGGUGCUAGACUUUGUUGGCUACAAGCAUGCUUCACCCGUCGAGUCCUUUAUCAUCAACCCUCUUGCAUAUCGUAUUUUGUUGAUCGACUUCGAUACUUGGCGAAAGGCGGCUCCCAUUACCCAGGAAUUGUACUACAAACAGUUUGUGACAUUCGCUGUCAACAGCAAGUUCCACGAGUUCAAUAGUCGCCGACUGCAGCGAAUGCGGAUUGUGAAAAGACUCUUGGAUGCUUUAAAAGCAGAGACAAUUUCUGAAAAUGUGAUGCCUCAUUUCCUGGAUGCGUUCGAGAGUCUUAUCAAAUGCAACUUCAACGCCGAGGCCCACCGCACAAUCGCCCUGUUCAUCACUUAUACCUUUCAUUCGUCAGCUAACUCCCAACCACGAACUCCGAGGCCAUUGUCUGCAAUCACCCCAUCCAACGGUAGGCCUGGCUUGCGUCGCGCCACAGUGGACUCGGCAAAUGGCGCGAAUUUGCCGGCCUUGACGAGAAAGCAAGUUGGUGUGAAGAUACUGGCGCUGUACACAAGACUGCUCUGCGACAAGGGAAACUUCACGGAUAUCCACAAGUUUGCCCGCACAGUAACGAACAAGUGGCUCCUGUACCUACUUGCCGAGGAGAACCCGGAAGUCAUUGUCUAUGGCUGCAAGAUACUCGCUAGAGUACUCGUAUCGCAUGGGUCCAGUUAUGCCUCCAAAUUUGCGAAGAAGACCGGAGGUUUCGCAAUCAUGUCUCACCGUUUGAAGCAUUGGUGGGAUAUCCCAACUCUGUGGCCAAUGUGCCUUAGCAUACUUUUUGGAGUAGAUGUGGCGAAGAUCGACUUUGAUCGGAGUUUUGAUCUGCUGAACCUGACAGACUUGUUUGGCGAGUGCCGAGUCACUUUCCCUGACGUUCUACCGGUCAUCACAACAAUGCUCCAGCAUGGCCUUAGGGACAUUUUGAAGUAUCAGGAUGACCCGGAUUCACCAGUGGGUGUUGAAAGAGGGCACUCCAGGAACUUGAGCGCCUCUGAAUCUAGACCUCGCGCACGAUCCAUGAAUUUUGUCGACGAACUCGGAGCUAGACGCACACGCGGUGUAGAUAAAGAGAGAGUGGCGAGCCAUGCUGUUGUUCUCCAAACCGUUGUUCGAUUCCUGUCAAGUCUUCACCAGAAAUCAGCGGACUUCCGGGAGUUCGCGCUCUCCUCUGAUUACGUACGGCUACUCCUCUCUGCUUUGUACCCGGUACUGCUCAGCACCGAUCCUGUGAGCCCGGAGACAGAGUUGAAUUCAAGAGACUCUGCGCUCACUUUUGAUGGCGGCGAUGUCAUCAUUCGACCGUUGGCAGGUUCAUCGAGCCCGGCACCAAUCGUGAGGGCGUCUGUCGUUCCCUCAUCCGGAGAGCUGCCCGGCCAGUCUAGGGGUACUCAACUCCGGCGUGCAUCCUCUUUCGUCCUUCUUACGUCGCAAGAAUCGCCGCAGGCUGCGAAAAGCAGCGCACGGCUAGCGCAUGUCAUGUCUCCAAAGUUGCAAGUACAAGCACAGAAAAUCAGCAACGUCGUAUUAGAGGGCUUAUUGGACCUCGUGCUUGACGUCUUUAUCGACCAAUUGCUGGCUCGAAAGGAAUUCCCAGGCUUCGGCCUAUUCUUAAAAAUACCUCCAGGUUUCCAGGAACACCAGGCCUAUUUCGAGUCCUAUGUCCUGCGGCACGCAAUUUCUCGCUUAAGCGCAUUGAUUCAAAACGACCAAACUGUCCUGCACGAAACCAAAGUUCUUCAAAAUAUGGCUCGAUUUGCUACACACAUCUUGGACACAAUAUUUGAAGGAUGGUUCAUGAAUGGUGCCGAACCUGUGACUGACUUUCUGGGAAGCAUCCUGGAGUAUCUUGCACGGCCCGACGUAUCAUCGCUGAAGAGCGUGAGGCUGUGCAGCCAGAGUGUCUCUGUCCUGAAGGGGUCUAUCAUCAAGCUGGUCCUGCUUCGUCUGUCUGACACUGAUGAUGCCCAAGUGUCAGAGGGAGAUAACCUGGCAGUGUUAUCUAAUCUCUACUAUUGGCAAAUCGUCUUGCUUGACUGUCUAUCGGCAAAUGACGAUUCUAUGAGCCUCAUCUGGUAUCAGCUUUACGGCAAGCUCAUUGAUGCUCGUGAGCCCAUCCGUCUAGCGGCUGCUGGAAUUUUGCGCAUCAUUCUAGUUCAAAAGCCGGAUGAGUGCUCACGGGUCUUCCGAGAGAUCCCAAUGCAGGCAGACGAAUCCCAGCUGACCAAAGGCUUCACUCGUCUGACUGAGGUCGAUGACGGAACCUUUGUCGAAUGGGUUGACCAACACAGACCUUCGCUAGACGCGCUAUUUCUGGGUGGUAUGUCGAAGACAUGGGAGGAAUACGUCAGCUCAGAGAAUCAGCGCACCUUGGAGACUGCCAGAUCGCGACUGUCGAAACGCAAAGAAAAGCUCAAGCAGUGGCGUGAUGAGGCUCGACAAAUCGAAAACGUUCUCUUGCGUCAUGAGAUGGCAAAUAGUGCUUGGAUGAAGAGCAUAUUCUGCACUGAACACUCUAAACAUCAACGGCUCACUCAAGAUCAACAAGACGAUUUCGUAUUUCUCAUCAGCUCCUUUGCAAAGAUGGACCGGGAUCUCAAACGUCCUGGCGGCGUCUUUGCAGAGACCGACCGCACAAUCAAGUGGAAGCUUGACAGGACAGAGGGAAGGAACCGGAUGCGCCUACGUCUAUUGCCAGACAACUCCAAGUUGGGAGAAGAGUAUCAGUCCAAACAAGCCAAGAAGAAACCAUCCGAAUCUAGGCCGUCGGAUUCCUUGCCUGCCGUUGCUGGCCUCAAGCUGGACACAAAAAUUGGACCAGGGACUUCCGGCACGAACACGCCUCAAGUCAGCGCGAUCAACGAGGUCGGAGAGGGCGUUGCUCUCACAGACGAGCCUGCUUCGACUGACCAAGAAUCAGAGCCAGGUGUGACUCCAGAAGAGGAAUUCGAGCUCAUCGAAGAUCUCAAUGAGCCGGAAGGCGAUGACUCGUUUGAAGACAAGAACAGAAAGGUCAUGCGGCGCCUCGAGCUGGGUGACACCGUACAAAGCGUGUACAAUAUUUCACGAAUCAUCGGUCUCGAGGCGUGCGAAGGCAUUCUCAUCAUCGGCAAAGAAGCACUCUACAUCAUGGACAAUGUCUUCCGUAGCGCUGAUGGAGAAAUCAUCAAUGUCUGGCAAGCUCCACCGGACGAGCGUGACCCAUACUCCCAGAUCAUCACGGGCAGCAAGGCCGCGGAGAGGCCUAAGGCACAGAGGGGGAGUGAACAAGAGUCCCGCAGCUGGAGAUGGCAUGACGUGAUUAGUAUCUCCAAACGCCGCUUUCUGUUCAGGGACGUUGCCAUCGAAAUUUUCUUCACAGAUGGUCGCAGUUACCUGAUGACUGCACUGAAUCCAAGCAUACGGGACGAAGUUUUUGCCAGGCUUUCCAACAAGACUCCUCAUACGUCGGAUCCGAAGUCAUUGCCGAACCCAGAAGAUGCAUGGAGAUUGGAAGGCAUCAAGGUCUUUGACGAGGCUCCUCAGUCUUUUGGCUCCAAGUUUGGGAGUAUCUUCAACGCGUCACCCUGGACUCCAAUAAUGAGAAAGUGGCAAAAGGGAGAGAUAUCCAAUUUCCACUACUUGAUGCUCGUGAACACGAUGGCCGGGCGGACGUUCAACGACUUGACGCAAUAUCCAGUCUUUCCUUGGGUCCUCGCAGACUACACGAGUGAGGAACUCGACCUAACAGACCCAGCCAGUUUCCGAGACCUCUCAAAGCCAAUGGGUGCGCAGACCGUUUCUCGGCAGACCGACUACAUGAUGAGGUACAGCAAUUUGAUGGAAGUGGGUGAAAUCCCAUUCCACUACGGUACACAUUACUCGUCCGCUAUGGCUGUAGCAUCGUACCUCAUCCGGCUGCCUCCAUUUGUACAAUCAUACAUCCUGCUCCAAGGUGGCACCUUCGAUCACCCAGAUCGUCUGUUCUACUCCAUCGAGGGCGCAUGGAAAUCGUCGUCCAGGGACAAUGGAACUGACGUUCGGGAACUUAUUCCUGAGUUCUUCUAUCUGCCUGACUUUCUCACGAAUACGAAUGGCUACGAUUUUGGACACCGUCAAGGCAAUGCUGGAAAGGUUGACCAUGUCAUACUUCCGCCAUGGGCCAAAGGAGAUCCAAAGAUUUUCAUUGAGAAGAAUCGACAAGCUCUUGAGAGCCCAUACGUGACGGAGAAUUUGAACCACUGGAUCGACCUGGUUUUCGGUUUUAAGCAGAGAGGCGAAGCUGCUGUGGAAAACCUGAACGUGUUCCAUCAUUUGUCCUAUCAUGGUGCUAUUGAUCUGGACAGCCUGGUCGACAAAAACGAGCGGGCCAUCACUACGAAUAUCAUCCACAACUUCGGACAAACGCCACAUCAAGUCUUCACUAAGCCCCACCCCGUUCGAGAAUACGUACAUCUGCCGACUAGAAGGCUUGAUACUGGUGUGCAGUCGCUGACUAGGGUCAACUACCCGCUGCUUGAAAGCCACGAACGGGUUGCGUCCCUCAUCUAUGCUCCGAAACUCGAUCGGCUCCUGUGCGCAUCGCCUUUCCGCCUCAACAUGCCACCGCAUUUCGACAAGUUUCUCGAGUGGGGCUUCGCGGACAAUAGCAUUCGAUUCUUCCUCAGCGACAACCGCAAGCCCGUCGGGCUCCUCGAGAAUCUCCACCAAGGCCAAAUAUCAUGCGUUGCCUUUGCUGAUUCCAAGACCCUCAUCACAGCCGGCGAUGAUAGCGUCAUAUCCGUGUUCACCAUAAAAUCAUCAUCGGGCAAGAACGUUGAGCUUCUUCCUAGAAUGUCUCUCUUUGGCCACAAGACACCAGUCAACGUGAUUGCCGUCUCCAAGGCAUUCAGCACAUUCCUCACUGUAUCUCAAGACGGCACUGCGUUCCUGUGGGACCUCAACCGCCUGGACUUCAUCCGGAAGCUUCCGGUGUCCCGCCCGGUCGAAUGCGCCCGUAUCAACGAUGUGUCGGGGGAGAUCAUGCUGUGCUGCGGGCCCAACGUGCUCCUCUUUACACUCAACGGCGAGCUCAUACUCGAGCAGAACGUCUGCGGCGGCACGAACGAGGCCCCCGACGAUUAUGUGCACUCGUGCGCCUUCUACGAGGGCAAUAGCAGCGAGUGGCUCGAGAACUUCCUCGUGUUCACUGGUCACAGGAGGGGCAGGGUAAACGUCUGGAAGAAAACCGUGCGAAGAGGCGACGGCAAGUGGGCGCUUGAGCUCCUCAGGAGGCUGGAUCAUAUCGACAACAAGAGCGAGACUGGAUCGAACAUAGAUGCGCCGAUCACUUGUAUCACGCCAAUGCCUCAAAUGGUGUAUACCGGAGAUGAAGAUGGGCGAGUGUAUGAAUGGAACCUUGUGCAACGGGAGCGUUAG